CAUAAUUCUUGUUGGUUCGUUCUUGAUUCCCCGACCCCGAAAGCGGAGGAUUUCCAGCAGCCUCAGCGUCGAAGCUUCCGACUUUCUCCAAUCCAACCCCCCCCAACCCCCCAUUCUCGCCCUCACCUUUGCACUCUCAUUCUCGCACACAUUCCCCAUAUCACACGCGCAGCAAUGGACACGGCCAUCGACCUCUCUGACGCCUCCAAGGCGCUGGAUCUGGCCAACAUCCGCUUCCAACUGAUCCGCCUCGAAGACACCAUAACCUUCCACCUGAUCGAGCGGGUGCAAUUCCCCCUCAACGCGCCCAUCUACCACCCCAACGGGGUCUCAAUCCCGGGCCCGCCCCUCUCGCUACUCGACUACCUGCUGGGCGAACAAGAACGUCUCCAGUCGCGGGUCCGCCGCUACCAGUCGCCCGACGAAUACCCCUUCUUCCCGUCGAAGCUGGAAGAGCCGAUCCUCGCGCCGCUGCAAUACCCGAAGAUUCUGCACGAGAACGAUGUCAACGUCAACGACACGCUGAAGCAGCGGUACAUCCACGACAUCCUGCCGGCGGUGUGUCCGCAGUUCGGGCGCGAGGACCGCGGCGAGACGCAGGAGAACUACGGGUCUGCGGCGACGUGCGAUGUCAGCUGCUUGCAGGCGCUCUCGCGGCGCAUCCAUUUCGGGAAGUUCGUGGCGGAGGCGAAGUUUCGCAAGGAGCCCGAGAGGUUCGUUAAGAUGAUUAAGGAGAAUGAUCGCGUGGGCAUCGAUGAGGCCAUUACCGAUGCGAAGGUCGAGCAGAAGGUUCUGGAGCGGUUGGCGCUGAAGGCCAAGACGUAUGGUACCGAUCCUGGGUUUCAGUCGGAGAAUGGGCCCAAGAUUAAUGUUGAUGCUGUGGUGGCUAUGUAUAAGGAAUACGUGAUCCCUCUGACCAAGGUCGUCGAGGUGGAUUACCUGAUGCAGCGUCUGAAGGGCACGGAAUGGGAGUAGACAGCCACCAGGCGCACAGAUAUUACCGCAGAGCGAAUGAGCAGACGCAUGACGAACCAUAAUCAUAGAGACAUGAAUGGGACAGCGGAGACACCGGACGGGAACGGCGCAGGCAUAGGCACAGUCAUAGCCAUCGUAGGGACAGGACAGGUAUAGGUAGGCAUAAGUAUAGACAGACAGGCGGACGUAUUCAACGGCCACGACACCACAAAUAAAAAACCUAAC